AUUCGCCACCUCUCCUGUCCCUCUUGCGAUGCGGAGGACGCUGAAGCGAAAUCCUUCUUCUCUUCUACUCACCCGCUUCUCCUCCUCCCUCCUCCGAACCCAAAAACCAUCAACCCACCCCCUUCCCAUGGCGGCGGCGGCGGAACACCAAUCCCUUCUCCUCUUCCUGCCUCCGUUCGCCGCCUGUCCGGCGCCCCCUCCCCACUCCCCCCUCCGGAGUGGAUCGACCCUUACCUCGACGUAUCCGACCUUACUCACCGCCGCCCUGACGACCCGCUUCCCCCCUCUCCCUGGCUUGCCCGCGUCGUCUCCUUCAUCCUCAACCCCCCACCCCCCUCCCUCGAGUCCUCCCUCGAUGCCUUCUGCCGCCGCUACCUCCUUCGCUUCCCCCCCACCUUCGUCUCCGCCGCCCUCCGCCACCCUGAUCUCCACCGCUGCCCCGACUCGGCCCUCUGCUUCUUCCGCUGGGCCUCCCGUCAGAAGAACUAUCCCGGCCACAAUCUCAACUCCUACGUCUCCCUCAUCGACGCACUCUCCUCCUUGACCCCCGCCGAAUCCCACCAAAUACGGGAGCUGGUGGCCGAGAUCCGGGACCGGCCAGAGCUUCGCCUCACCCCACCCGCUGCCGCCUCCCUUAUUCGCACCCUCGGAUCGCUCGGCAUGGUGGAGGAGCUGCUCUGGGUCUGGCGCCGCAUGAGGGAGUGCGGCGUCGAGCCAUCCCUGCUGAGCUACAACUGUUUGAUGGAUGGCCUUGUGAACGCCGCCUUCGUGGAUUCCGUCGAGAAGGUCUUCGAGGCCAUGGAGACCCAAGGAAAUGUUCGUCCAGAUGCUGUCUCCUAUAACACUCUGAUCAAAGGGUAUUGCAAGAUGGGAAAGACACAGAAGGCUGUCGAAAAGUUCGAAGAAAUGCAACAAAGGAAAGAUCUUGCGCCGGAUAAGAUCACGUAUCUCACUCUGAUCCAGUGUCACUACUCCGAGUGUCGGUUCUAUGAAUGCUUGGCCCUUUACCACGAGAUGGAAGAGAGAGGAUUGGAGAUCCCUCCACAUGCGUACAGCUUGGUGAUCGGUGGACUUUGCAAGGAUGGGAAGCCAUUUGAGGGGUUGAUUGUCUUGGAAAACAUGGUUCGAAGAGGCUGCAGGGGCAAUGUGGCUGUCUAUACUGCGCUGAUCGAUUCAUUUGCCAAGAAUGGUAAUGAGGACCAGGCAAUGGUGCUUUUUGAUAGGAUGAAGAACGAGGGGUUUACACCGGAUGAAGUAACUUAUGGAGUGGUUGUCAAUUGCCUGUGCAAGGCUGGGAAGCUGGAGAAGGCGAUGGAGUGGUUUAACUUUUGUAGAGAGAGUGCUGUGCCGGUAAAUGCGAUAUUCUAUUCUAGUCUUAUUGAUGGAUUUGGGAAAGCUGGGAGAGUUGAUGAAGCCAAGAAGCUCUUCAGUGAGAUGGUGGAGAAGGGGCUUGCUCCAGACUCAUACUGCUACAAUGCCCUUAUAGAUGCAUUUGGUAAAGCUGGGAGGAUUGAUGAAGCUUGUGCAUUAUUUAACAAAAUGGAGAAAGAGGGUUGUGAUCAAACAAUUUACACAUACACCAUAGUCAUUGAUGCAUUGUUUAGAAAGCAUAAAAAUGAGGAGGCGAUAAAGCUGUGGAACACAAUGAUUGAUAAGGGUAUCACUCCAACUGCUGCAGCUUUUAGGGCCUUUUCGACAGGACUCUGUCUCUCAGGGAAGUUUGCAUUGGCUUGUAAAGUACUAGAUGAAUUAGCCCCAAUGGGAGUAAUUCCAGAGACGGCACAUGAGGAUAUGAUUCAUGUGUUGUGUAAGGCUGGUCGAUUCAGGCAUGCUUGCAAGCUGGCUGAUGGAAUUGUGGAUAGAGGACGUGAGAUUCCAGGAAGAGUUAGAACAAUUAUGAUCAACGCUCUGAGGAAGGCAGGGAAUGCUGAUUUGGCUCUCAAGCUGGUGCACAGUAAAAUUGGCAUAGGCUAUGACAGAUUUGGAAGCAUCAAAAGGCGAGUAAAGUUCCAAACCUUGUUGGAUCCAUAGGAUUGAGUAUUCCUGAUAGACACUAGCUGCUUGCAAGAUAAAGGCCUUUAAUUAAGUUAUUCUGUUGGUUCUCUUUCCAAUUUGAAGCAUUUGCUGGAUGGGAUAUGCCUGUGGAUGGUUGCAAUGCAGUUACUGGUUCAUUCUCUUCUGCAGAAGUUCUUGAACUAAUUUUCCAUGGGCCUCGAUGAGAUGUUCUUUGAGUGUCAUAUCAUCUUUCUCAUCUGGCAAUAUGACUAGAUUAGUGAGCACUUUCUUUUUAUUAGUAUCUGUACCCGGGAGGCCUGCAUCAUACCAAGAACUGGAAAUCCAUGAAAAGACCAAAAGAAAACUAGAAAGCCAGUAAGAGGGAGUCCACAGGACAUGAAUUAAGUCCUAGCAAGCACUGUUUCCACCUCGAAAGCAACCCUGUUAUGUACUUGAAAACUAGCCAGUCCAUUGGUGGCCCCAAAAACUGGAAAAACACGAAUAGAACAAGGUAUUGACAGAUCCAUUUUAGCGCAAAAAUGAGCUGCUACAGAAGGUCUCAAGGGGAUUGAGGUUCACUGAGCGAUCAGGGAUCAUAAGUUGAUGGAGAUGUAGCAGGCAUGUGGCAACAUUUUGCUCAUGGAUAAUAAAGUUGAUGAAGAUGUUAGCAGGCAUGUGGCAACAUUUUGUUGGGGCAGCAUCUUGAAGGAGAGCUUCUGAACUUGCUGAGGAUACUGUAAUGCCCCCAAAACCAACAUGACAAGGAGGCUGCUGAUCCAUGCAUCACAACUUUCCAUUGCAAUGCUUGAAUACCUGCCAUUUGAACCUGCAGAAGUUUUAUAUGUUGGCAAGCACGUAAAUUUCUGUAGUAUGAUAGUAUCAGAAUAAUACAUUAGAGGAUUGAAGCAUCAUGUGAAUAGCUUUGUAUCUAUUAUUUUUAGUUGCUUAUUUGAAUUUAACUUCUAAAUAACUUAAUGGUGCAGGCUUUUAGUAAAUUAGCCUUUUCAUGGCAUGUAGUGACGUCAAUAUGAUUCUUUCUUUUCCCU